CGCAGUCAAGCAUCAUUGGCUCUCGGCUGGAGAAGGCUGGCUUUCAAGCAAGUGACGGCUCACCGCAGUGUCAAAGCGCUGUGCCGCUCCGUCCUCUGUCUGCUCGUCACUAUUACAGCAGAGUUCAGCUCGCCAGCGGUCACGAUUUUUGUCGAUUAGCUUAUUCCUGAGACACGAAUCUGCGUAACAUGAAACUGAAGAGCGUCAGCAAUUGAUGUGUGUGAUCGAGCCGGAGUGGAAAUUGAGGCCGAGACGAUGGAGCUGUCGGAUGGCUUGUUGCUGCAAGUCAGCAGUGGAGAGCAGUGGUGCAGCCGCUGGAAGCACCCCGUUGAAGAGUCUGACCGCAGCACCAGCCCCUCAGUUCUGCGCUCGGUCGCCAGCUCCUGGAAGGACGGCCUGUUAAACAGAAAACGGCCCUUUGUGGGCCGAUGCUGCUACUCCUGUACUCCACAAAGCUGGGAACAGCUUUUCAAUCCAAGCAUCCCAUCUCUGGGACUUCGCAAUGUCAUCUACAUCAAUGAGACGCAUACUAGACAACGAGGCUGGUUGGCCCGCAGACUGAGUUAUGUGCUGUUUGUCACAGAGAGGGACGUCCACAAGGACAUGUUCACCAGGAACGUUGUUGACAAUGUGUUGAACAGCAGCAGGGUGGAGACGGCUAUUCUAAAAUCAGCUGCAGAUGUGGAAUCUGUCAAGCCGGGUUAUGAGUACAAAGCUGUCAACAAAGUGAAGCAGAAAGCCAGGAACGUCCUCCAAGAGAUGGUGGCCAACAUUUCUCCAGCUUUUAUCAGGCUGACAGGGUGGGUUCUACUGAGGCUGUUUAAUGGCUUCUUCUGGAGCAUUCAGAUCCAUAAAGGACAGCUGGAAAUGGUCAAGAAGGCAGCAACAGAGCAAAAUGUACCCAUGAUCUUCCUCCCUGUUCACAAAUCCCACAUUGACUAUCUGCUCAUCACUCUAAUUCUGUUCUGUCACAACAUCAAAGCUCCACACAUUGCUGCUGGAAACAACCUGAGCAUCCCCGUCCUCAGUGUCCUCAUCCGAAAACUUGGCGGCUUCUUUAUAAGGCGGAGAAUGGAGGAGACGGAGGACGGGAAGAAGGAUGUUUUGUACAGAUCUCUUCUGCAUUCUUACGUAGAGGAACUGAUGAAGCAGCAGCAGUUUUUGGAGGUUUACUUGGAAGGCACUCGCUCCCGCAGUGGAAAGCCGUCCACUGCUCGUGCUGGCAUGCUGUCCAUCGUUGUUGACACUUUGUGCACCGGCGCCAUCGGAGACGUGCUGGUGGUGCCAGUUGGCAUCUCCUAUGAUCGGAUCAUUGAGGGAAACUACAACAGUGAACAGCUGGGAAAACCCAAGAAGAACGAGAGCUGGUGGGGAAUAGCAUGUGGAGUUUUCCGAAUGCUCCGAAAAAACUACGGUUGUGUUCGUGUUGAUUUUAACCAACCAUUUUCUCUAAAGGAGUACCUGGACACCCAGAGAAACCGUCAUCUUCCACCACCGCUAUCCCUGGAGAACACUUUGAUGCCCACCAUUAUCUCUGAACAGCCGGAGCUGUUUGAAGGGCAGGAAGAAGAACAGGCCGACAGAGAACUGCCUGAAGAGAUCUAUCGACGACAGCUCAUCAACAACCUGGCCAAGCACGUGCUCUUCACGGCUAACAAGUCGUCCUCGAUCAUGUCUACUCACAUCGUGGCCUGCCUGCUGCUGUACAGACACCGACAGGGUGUGGUGCUUUCCAAGCUGGUGGAAGACUUCUUCAACAUGAAGGAGGAGAUCUUGUCUCGGGACUUUGACCUGGGCUUCUCGGGGAACUCUGAGGACGUGGUCAUGCGGGCCCUCCACCUCCUGGAAAACUGCAUCAAUGUAACCAGCAGCUCCAGCGGCAACGGCGAGUUUACCAUCGCACCGGGCCAAACGGUGCCGGCGCUGUUUGAGCUCAACUUCUACAGCAACUGCCUCUUUCACGUCUUUAUUUCUGACGCAGUUAUUGCCUGCAGCAUCCUGUCUCUGCAGAGGGAGCUAAAGUUGGAGUCCAAUUCUCAUAACCUGAACGAAGAUCCUUAUGUCUUCCCCCUGGGUCAGGAGAGGCUCAUACGCAAAGCUGCUGGGCUUGCUCAUUUUCUCAUAAAUGAGGUGGCCGUAGCACCACCUUGUCAGACAAUUUACCAGGUUUUCCACGACGCAGUGACCCGGCUGAUCCAGUAUGGAGUCCUCUAUGUGGCAGAGGAGGAUCAGGAAGAACUGAGCCCCAGCCCCGCAGAGGAACCAUGGCCCAAGAAGUUUUCAGAACCGCUCUCCUGGAGAAGUGACGAAGAAGAUGAGGACAGUGACUUCGGAGAGGAGCAAAGAGACCGCUACCUAAAGGUGAGCACCUCUGCAGAGCAUCAGGAGUUCUUCCUCUUCCUUCAGAGGCUGCUCAGCCCGGUUCUGGAGGCUUACAGCGGAGCUGCCAUUUUUGUGCACAGUCUGAGUGAGCCCAUGUCAGAGUCUGACUUCACCCAGAAGCUCUUCAGAUACCUGCUCACACGCACAGAGAGAGGAGUGGCUGCCUAUGGUGAAAGCGCGACUCAUUAUCUAGUUAAGAACACGGUGAAGACUUUCAAAGAGCUUGGGGUCCUGAAGGAGAGAAAAGAGGACAAAGUGACGACUCUGGAGCUCAGCAGCACUUUCAUACCUCAGGCCAAUCGGAACAAACUCCUGCAGUACAUCUUAGGCUUCAGUCUGCUGUGAUCCAGACCCCCACCCCCUUUCACAAAGGGCUCCUACUGGUUACUCCUAAACAACCCCAGGUGCUACACUGUGGAUCCAUUUUACCAGGAAGUGCCUUCACGUCAAAGCCGCUAACUGUUAGCCGCUAGGUUGGGAGAAACUUGAAGGCAGUCUUUUGAGUCUCUGAUGAACGCACAUCGGAGCGCCACGCUGACGAAAACACUCGCGCAUCAUUUCUAACUAGAAACCGCCAAUACGUGCACAUCAACUCUCUAAAUUAGACUUAAACGACGACAUACAAGCAAUUGAUGUUUAAAAUCAAACAUAUCUACUGUUCUAACAAGAUUUCUGACUCUUUGUGCAAAUUAUUUUGAAAAGCCAACUAAUUAGCAAAUGUUUCUGGAACUGUAGAGACUCUGUUAUGAAGCACUUAUUCUUUUUACUCGUCUCAACUCAGUGAAAGCAUUUUUUCUUCUCUUAUUCCAGUUCCAGAUUGAGAAGUUCACUUUCUAAUUUGGUAAUUUUCCACAAAAACCGACAAACCUACAAAUUUAGUUGAACAAAUCCAGCUCAAAAUUCCUGCUGCUAUAGAUCUGUGUUACGGAAGCGUCCAAUACUUUUUUAUCUUUUUAUUUUCUUUUAUUUUUUUAUCAGCUACAUCUGACUUUAUUGUGAUGAGUUUUAGAGACAAACAAACUUGAGCAGACCAGAGAAAAAGGCAAUGAUUUAUGUUCAAAUGAACUGGGAAACGAUGCAAAAAAAAUUAAUGAGAAAAUUUCAAAACGAAAGAUUUUUUUCUGACUUUUAACAUUUUUUUUAAAAAUGCGCCAGUGUUUUUUAAUUUAUUUUUUUUAUUAAGGGCACUCAAGUACAACACACUAGAAGAUUAUGUAGCUCACAGCUUUUUAGCUACAGCUGAAUUUACCAUACAGUGCAUAGGUUACAAAAGCCAGUUGUUUUAAAGCGCAUGUAAAUACACGUGUGACGCAUUUUUAACUAUCUGACUGAAAAAAACAAAAAAGUGGAUUUUCCUCCAAAUUCCUCUAUACGGCACACCUUGCUAACGUUAGCAAAGCGUUUUGGUUCGAAAAUAUUUACUAACCUAAAUCAGUAUUUGGCCUUCAGAGGCCCAGCACUAGAAUUAGAUGCUCACAACAACAGCCUUCACUUUUUAAUGAAUGUUACAUCUCACUGCUCUUAAACGCCACAGCCAGGACAUCAAUGUGCACCUAUACGACAAAGAUCCACUCUGAUUACCUUUUAAUUUAUUUUCAAAGGGUUCCCAGUGGUCUUUUAAUUAUCAGCAUGACGUUUUUGACCCAAAUCAAAAAACCUGUGU